AUGAUUUUAAACAGUCAUCGAAUUCGAUUCUUAGCCUCGCAAGCGGAGCAAGAUAAAUCCGGAAACGCUCCCGCAGGAAUGGUAGUCGAUCAAGAAAUUGGAGAUCCCCACCUUUUUGACUUUUUCUGUCAAAGUCAGGGUGGACUGAAGGGGACUUCUAGGCCUUGUAGAUACUGUGUCUUGAAGGAUGAAAAUUGUUUUAGUCCUGAUAAUUUACAAGAAUUAAUUAACUCUGUUUGUUCCUCAUAUCAACCAGCAACUCGAUCCGUUGGAAUUGCAGCACCAGCAUAUGUAAGUUACAUAAUCAUCUACUUCUAA